GCAGAGACUUCAGAUAAGAAGGCUGCGAAGCGCAAAUACUCAUUCACGCACGCACACACACUUCCAGAGAAGGCAAGGACGGCUCUCGUGCUGGAACAUCCGCCAGAGCGCUUCAUUUCUGUGUACCGCGAAACACGUUUGCGGAGUCGAACGAUUCAGUGCAUUGAGUGGAUAGUAACAUAAGAUAACUAAAAAAACUAAGUAGUAGUGAUGCAGAGCCAGAACAGCGGCCGCCUCUACUCGGCAGAUGAGCUGUGCACCGUCAUUUGCAGCAUCUUACAGGGAGUCGACAACACGGAGCGUCGCCGCAACGAGGCCGAGCUCACCCAGGCGCUGCAGCAGCCACAAAACAUCGGUCAGCUCGUCACGAUCCUGUGCGGGAGCGCAGACGGUACGCCGUCGUCUGCCUCUGUCGGCGCGCGGCAGAUGGCCGCCGUUCUGCUACGCAAGCGAGUCUUUUCUCUCUGGCGGGUGUUGUCCGUCGAGCAGCAGCAGCAGCUCCGUCAGCUCCUUCUGCAGCAACUCGGUAACGAGACGGUGCGCCCGGUUCGCUUCGCCAUCGCCCACGUCGUGACGCGCCUGGCGAAAGCCGACGCCAGCCAUGGCGGUGGUGGCUGGCCGGAGCUGCACCAGGCGAUUCGCGUUGCCGCGGAGGACAGCAGGGUGGACAUGCGUGAGCUGGCGAUGGUGCUGCUCUACAGCUUCGGCGAGGUCUUUGCGGAGGAGAACGCCCUCAGCGGGUUGGCAGCCGAGUCGGUGGUGCGCGGACUGGGGGAUAGUGAGGUGGUCGUGCAGACGGCGGCGGUGAAGGCAGCGAUGGUGCUGCUGCCGGCCCUGCACGAGCACCCCGCAGUGCGAAACGCCUUCCUCGCCCACGUGGUCCCUGCGUGUGUCACCGUGCUGGAGCAGGGCGGCGCUGUCGAGGCGAAGGUCCCGCUUUGCGUGAGUGUGCUCGAGCUGCUGGAGCAGCUCUUCUGCGAUCUCACGGUCAAGAAGUACGGCGCCCUCUUACUGGAACUGGCGCAAGCCCUCGUGCGGCUGCUGGCGAACGCGCAAAACCAUCCCCGUGUGCGUGAGAAUAGCGGGUCCGCGCUGGGCCAGCUGGCGACGCUGAAGCCGAAGUUCGUCGCCUCGCCGCAGCUGCUGGACCCACUUGUGCAGGUCUGCCUGGCGUUGAUGUCGGAGGACAACACCAUCUCUAUCGCCGACGACGGCACCGGCAACGUCGACGGCGAGGACUUCGGCAACAGCGAGGACGACGACGAGGAUGUGGAUAUGCUGCACGUCAUCUCCGCCUGCAUGGUGGGCGGCCGCCUGCUCAGCGCCCUCGCCACCACCGUCGCCUCGAAAGCCUUCACGGCGGUCCUGCUGCCGUACAUCUCGAAGGUGACUGACGCUCCAGCCAGCGUCGACGCCCGCACGCGCAAGGCAACGAUGAUCGCGCUCGCCUGCCUGGCGGAGGGCCACGCGAGCUACCUGCGCCGCCGCGUCGGCUACGUGCUCGGCGUCACGCAGGCACUUCUGCACGACGCAGACCCCGUCCCACGCGAGGCGGCCGCCUUUGCGCUGUCGUACUUCUGCGCCCACCUGCAGCCCGAGAUCCUCCUGCACCGCGACGAGCUGCUGCCGAUGCUCACCCCGCUGCUGCAGGACAGCAACGACCUCGUCCGCCGCCGCGUCGCGCAGGCCCUCGACACGCUGUGCGAGAACCUCGAGGAGAACUUGGACCCCUUUGUGCCGACGCUGCUACCGGCCGUGAUGGCCGCCAUCCCCAUCAGCACACUCGAGACGCAGUGCCGGCUGUGCGGUGUGCUGUCUUCGAUGGGCAUGACCCGCUCGGCGUCCUUCGCGCGUCACGGCGCGGAGCUGCUGGAGGUGCUGCGGCAGCCCUUCACGCUGAACUCCCCCGAGACGAUGGCGCUGCGCGCGCAGGCGACGGAGACGGUCGGCGUGGUCGGGGCCGCGAUGGGCCGCGAGGCCUUCACGCCUUAUUUUCCGAUUUUUAUGCAGGAGGUGGUCGCGAACCUGCAGACCCGCCACGCCGCCGUGCGGGAGCAGAGUUUCGGCUUUCUGGCGAACAUGUGCGAGCUCUUUCGCGAGGACUUCAUCACCUACCUCAACGACUCACUGCGCUGCGCGCUCGAGACAAUCGCGGAGGACCGGGCCGUCUACAAGAACAAGCACCUGCUGGCGAAGGAGGAGGCGGCUUCCGGUGGCGGCGGUGCAGAGAAUUUGGCCGCGUUUGCCGCGUGGAAAGACGACAACGGCUGCGCGGCUGCGGCUGCUGGAGAACGCAAAAACGAAUACGAGGACGAGGAUGAGGAGGAGGACGAGGACGGCGGCGACGAUGCAGAGGAGAUCCACCUGCGCGUGCGCACCGCUGAUGUCGAGGAGAAGUCCUCCGCCGUCUACAGCGUGGGCGUUUUUGCGGAUGUCUUGAUGCGGCAGUUUGGCGAGGAGCAGAUCGCGGCGUGCUGGGAGGCGCUGACAGGGCUGGACUCGCACUACUAUCCGAACAUCCGGUCCAAUGCGCUGAUUGCCUUGGCGAAGCUGGCGAAGGCCUCGGCGGGCAUUCCCGUGGAGGAGAUGCAGGCCCGCAGCAACGCCGCGGCGCCCGGGCAGGACGUGCUGCCGCUGCCGGUGCGCGACCGCGUCGAGGAGCUGCUGGGCAUGCUGCUGCGCACCAUCGAGGAGGAGGACUCGGAGAAGGAAGUCGUCGCUGCCGCGUGCGAGGCUGUGAGCAUCUUACUCGGUUACUUUGGCACGCAGUGUUGCAUUGACGGCCCGGACGCGGUGCUGCGGGAUGUGGUGCAGCUGCUGCGCGGGACAAUGCCGUGCCAGCACGACGGCGACGAAUUCGGCAGCAGCGACGAUGAUGAUGAUGUGCAGAACAUGACCUUUGAGGAGUAUCAGCAGCGCCACCAAGGCGAUGAUGCCACCACCGACAAGGCGUAUUACGCCCAGGGCAAGGAUCCGCUGUUCUGCCUCUCCGACGAGGCCGCCGAGGCGCAGGCCACGGCCAUCAUGUCCGCCAUGAUGCAGCAUCAGCAGAGCGGCCUGUCCGCCGCCCCUCCGCAGCUGCCGUCCCCCGGUGACCUUCCUCCGUGGUACACCACCGUGCGGCCCGAGAUGGUGGUUCAUGGGGUGCACCUGAGCGAGGACCACGACGAGGUCGUGGUGGAUGCGGCGGCCGACGUGCUCGAGAGCGUGGCGAAGGCCUACGGUCCGCAGCUGGAGCCGUACAUGCCGUUUCUCGUGCCGUUGUUGGCUCUGCACGCGGAUGUCGCGACGCGGCCGGCGGAGGGCGUAGUGACUGGCGUCGGCACGCUCGCGGCGGUGCUGCAGGCCUACGCGACGGUGUGCCCUGGGCAGCCGAAUCAGGGUAACAGCACCGCUUCCUCGGAGAAGCUCCUCGCGCCUUUCAUGGACACCGCGGUGCAACUGAGCUUCGCGGUGAUGGCCGGCUCGGAUGAGUCGACGGCGAAGGCGAACAGCGCGUACCUGCUUCGCAUUGUGGUGGAGGGGUGCCCGGCGUACUUUGCGCAGCACCCCGCGUUGGUGCCGCGGUGCUUGCAAGGUUUGUGGUCCAUUGUGGGCAACGAGGACGAGGAGAUCCCCGAGGCGGUCGACAACGCGGUGAGUGCCACUUGCUCGCUGGUGCGCUGUCUUCCUCUGCAGCACCUGCCGCUGGAUCAGGUCAUCCCUUCCCUCAUGGCGCACCUGCCCAUGAAGAUGGACAAGGCGGAGAACGCGAACGCUAUCCGCACCGUGUGCUACCUGCUUAGCGCGCCGCACGUCGCGGCCACUGCUGCCGGUGGUGCGUCAUCGACGUCGAAGAUGUGGCUGCCGGCGGUGGUGCAGGCGGUGGCGAAUACGCUCGCCGCGCGCACGGUGGACGAGGCUGAGAAGCAGCUGCUGGUGCGGGAGGGCGCGGGGCCCUUCGCGCAGGCGCACGGAGACGCGUGGCAGCAGGCAAAGCAGCAGGCAGCGCUUUCGGCGGAACAGCAGGCAACGCUUCAGGCCUUUCAGCUAUAA